GCAAACAUAGAUUUUUCGUUGUGUGUGAGCACAAACACAUAUGUACGCACUGUGACGAUAACAAGUCAACUUAGAGAAAGAAAGACGAAGAAAAACCGUGUGAGCUAAUGUGUGUUGUGCUGCAAAAUUUGUAGCAUCAAAUAAAGUAACCAUAAUCAAAAUUCUCAAUCAGAAGUGAGAAAAAAUUUAGUUUUCGCAUCGCAAAUUGUAAAAGUGAACAUUUGUGCUGGAAACGUGUUGAGAUUGUGAGAUACUGAAAUUUUUAUUUGGAUUUUGAGUGGGAAACCUAGUGAUAUUUGUUUGCACAAAUGCAAAAAGCUGAAGUUGUAGUGUCCGCGCUAAAUUAUUCAGUCCCCUGUCCACUGUAUUUUUACGCUUUUGCCCGCAAAUAAUGUUGACCGAACAUUAUAAAUCCAAACAUUUUGGCUCUACGAUGCCGAAAACCCUGUAUAAUUCAUCAACCCCGAUAAAACCGAAGUUCGAUCCAGUUAGUAAGAAUAGCAGCACCACUAAUGUCAAUUGCAAAAUGAAUUAUGAGAAAAUAUUUCCGGGCAUUUAUAUGACAUCGGUCAAAGAAUUGUGUUCACCUGACGAUUUAAAAAUUUACGGUUUCACACAUAUAAUUUAUAUCGAUAAGCAUAUCAUGGCGAAUUGCAUUGGUUCGGAUGUGCAAUCGUCGUCGCACAAUGAAAGCACCACUGUCAAAACUGACCACCAUGAAAAUGUGAUAAAGUGUGCGGAAACAUCGGUAUUAACCGCAUCAAUAACAAUACGACGACAUUCAAGCCAAUCGGUGUCAUCGUCGUCGUCAUCGUCUUCGUCGUCGCCGUCAUCAAACCCAUGUGUUCUCAGUUCAAGUAGCAAUAGUAGUUCAAUGAUGGAUGAUCGAUCAUCGUCCAAAUCAACAGAAGCAUCGUCAUCAUCGUACAAUCAUGAAAUGCGAAUUGACGAUGAAACGCCAUCAAUGAAACGCUAUGCCAGCAACGAGAAUCUAUUCGGGCACCGUGAUUUUGAAACAUUAGAUUUAAAUUUUGGCGAAUCGGCCUAUUUCACUGCCAAUGUGUUACCAAAUUGCUACAAGGCCGUUCUCUUUAUUGAGAAUGCAUUGAAAAAUAAUGGUGCCGUGCUUGUCAUCGAUUGCAUUGGAGAAAAUCAAAAAUGCAUUACAAUUGUCAUCGGUUUUCUCAUGUACAAAUACAACAAAAAUUUCUUGACCGCUUAUCAACUGAUAAAACGAUUGCAUCCAAAUAUAGAGUUAGAUAAGUUCUUCACAACACAACUGUAUGAAUAUGAGCCAAUCUUACAGGUGCAACGUUCACAGUCUGCCGGCAAUAGUUGUUCGCGUGAGCUUCGCUCUUCACUAUUGAAACGAAAGAAGUCCUACGAUGAUUGUUACUAUUAUCAAUCGGAUGCAGUGAUGUCAACACUAUUGCCGCACAGUCCAUUCGUUAACAACGUUGAGCAAACAACCGAUAUUCUAAUGGAGCAAUAAACCAUUCACAACACACAAACAGUUUUGAUGAGAAUGUUAAAUGAAACUUGCUAGAAAACGAAGCAAAAAAUAAUGGAUUUAUAAAUAUAACCAAGUGAUAGGCCACCUUUGAAAAAUAACAGUGUGAAACGUUUUGAGGUGUCAGAUAUUAAUUAGGAUUCCUUUUUUUAACAAACAAAAAUUAUAAAUAUAUUCUUUUCCACAUUCUCUUUUGAUAUGAAUGAAUAUUUUAGAUUUCUUUCUCAAAUCCCAACCUUCGUAUCUAAUCGCAGCGUAAAAUAGUGCGCCGCAAAUUUAGUUCAGUUACAGAUUAGCUACUCUAUUUUAUGACCAUUUUAACCGUAUCAUCGUAGUGCACACACAACUAUUGUAAGGCCGACCGGAUUGGUACAUAGAAUUUUAUUACACAGGUCCAUAUCCUAUCGCGUAACGUUUUCUCCGCAGAAAAAGGGUGUUUCUUUUUUGAUAUAUGUAUAUUACUCUAGAUUUUAUUUCAGUUCGGAUCAUUCAUACCGAAAUUAAGUAAAAAGUUAUUUUUGUUUCUCUUUUGCAAUCUUAAAUUAAUAGAAUUUCGGAAAUUGUAUUCUUUGUAGAGCAUAGAAUCAUGAGCAUUAGAUCGAAAAAAAAAAUGUUAGAAAACAUUUGCUGUGCAGCUAAUAUUGGCCGAAUAGAUUUAGAGAAACACUGUUAGCGAUGAAUUUAGGGAAAAGAGAUAAAAAGGAAGAAAAAACCUCGAUACAUGCUAUGCGAUGUAGUUAGAAAGGUGAUUGUCUUUUUUUGUGUUUAAACUAAAAGAAAAUGUUCUUGACGUCAACAGAAUCCACCGAGUAAACUGUUGCAUGAAAUUUGACUGAAAAACAAAAAAACACAAACAGAAUACAUAUACUAACCAAUUUUAAUGGAAAUGAUGUAAAUAGCAAAUCAAUGAAGCCGUAGUCUAAGCUUAGUAUAUAAACAUGCGACUAAAUAAAACAAACAAUGAAACAAAUCCAUUUGCAAAAUCGAUAUAUAGCAGCAUAUUAUUAUUAACUGAGACAAUUGAGAGACAAUUACAAUAAAUGUUACACGUUUCAGUUACUAUUAUUACAUAUUAUCAUUAUGCAUUUUGCUAAAGUAUGUCCGCUAUUCGGGUUCGUGAGUAAAAUAAUAAAAUUGAAAUUGCGUGUUCCGGA